CCGUGUAAGCGUACAACUUCACCGAGCUUCGUUCCGUGAUGUUUACUGUCAGCCGCUGUCUUGUUCUCUUGUUGUUUUGCAAAGCAAGACUGGUACGAGCGUAUCAACCUCUUAAGGGAGUUACGGCAACACCAGUCAAAGACCCAUCGGGCCAGGUUGACAUCGGCGAAUGGCUGUCUACAAACGAUGGUAGCGGGGGUAGAAGAUUAGUAGUCUUUGGUACAUAUGCCGCGGAUUUCAAUGCGAUCGAAUACGGACAACGGCUGCGUUAUUACUGGCCAAAGCUUCGUGAGGAAAAGAGUUUGGAAAAAUGUGCGCUACUGCUGAAUUGUCAGCCGGCUGCUGCAAAGGCUCUAGCGGAACAAGUGGACCUUCCCGAAUCCAUCGAGCUUUGGGUGGACAACAGUGGUGAGUCUGGUCGAAAAUUUGGUGUAGGACGUGGGUGGUUACCGGAAAACAACGACAUAAACCCAUAUUUGAAGUUGUUCGGGAUGCUAUUUGGUCUAGGAGCCUGGGCGACACUGCCAGCCGUGAUUGGUGGAUACAUUGGCAAUCCGUUUACUCCCCAGCCCUGGAUUGAAGAUGCACUAGCAGUAGGCCAACGAAAAGGGCGCUGGCCUGAUAAUGCUUUGGAGAUAUCUAGUGACGGGAACGUCACGAACAAGUUUACUGAAUUACCGUUUGUAGGAAGGUGGCCCCGUCGACCGCUGGAAUUGGCCACGCUCCGGUUGCAGUCGAUGAUUGGUAUCUCGCUGUCCGAAUGGAAGACACUGGCGCCCGAUGAAGAAGCGCUUGGUGCUGGCGUUCUAACUCAGUUGGGGGGUUGCAUUGUUGUCGAGAAUGGUGAGCCUUUGUUUGAAUGGCGUGAUCCGGGAAUCUGUGCUGUGGCGAACUUUGAAGAUAUUCUUAGCAAACUUUGA